AUGCCUAACAUUUAUUCAACCCAAUACACAGACGGUUCCGAGUCCGACAAUUCAGCUGGGAACAUGAGUAUGGAAUACGGGUGUCACAUACCCAAUUUCCCUGUAUCAUUGGACCAAGCAGCUUGGAGCCCAAUACGUAUCCGUGGAGGUUCCUUUCCUCAACCUAUCUCUCUUGUAACUGAGGCAGAGAAUGAGAGUUCAUUUCAAAACAACAGCAUUACAUGGGCUGAACUUCUCAAUCUUACUGACGACUAUCAUUAUAAUCAUCCAAUGCCGUCACUCGCUCCACAGUCCACGGAGUCAGCCUACAAUCCGCCUCCAAUUUUUCUCCCAGAAUUCUCAUUCGACGGAGCCCAAGUUCAUGCCUUCAACCCUUGGGAAGGAUACUACCCCAUUCCUAUUGGGAAUUCGAAUACUUGGACGGAGUAUAGCAGCUCCUCAUCAACUUCCUCUAAUCUCUCAUCACCUGGGCCUUUCGAAAGUCUCGAUAUGAGCUCUCUAGAGUCGCCUAGCUUACUCUCUUUCGCCGCUACAGACAAAUCUCAACGCAGUGUUGUCUCCCCGUCUCAAGGCAUAAAGGUCGACCGUAUUGCUCUACGAACCAUGUGCGAGGACGGAUCACAUCUCGCCCCCGCGUACAGAAAGCUACUCGCAUAUAUCCUCGACGCUGACUGCUACAUUUCACAUAUUACAGAACCAAGGAUCGGGACCGCUGAAGGAGACAGAGUACUCCAGUACCUCGAAGAAGUGGAUGGUGUUCAAUUUCCACAGCACAAACUCAGAGCAGACAUACCCCUCUCGGCUUUGUUGACAGACCCUAAUUCACGUCGAUGUUUGCUCUGUGGUGCAAUAAAGACAUCCGCUCAGAGAGCCAUAGAAUGUGUGGGUAGUCAUCUCGACUAUAGGCCUUUUGGGUGUACUGGAUUCACGGGUGGAUGUCCCACAUGCCGCCCAGGCUACGAAUCAUUUGGAGACGGUACAGAAGAGGGAUACAUGCCCAGUCUGGGCCCUCAGACAACUAAAACAACUCUCCUAGAUUUGUGGCCUGAAAUGACUUCAAGUCUCUUUUCAGAUAUUAUAGCCCUUCUGACUAGUCUAGACAGGUUAAAAUAUGGGUGGGUACCGGUACGUACAAACAGAGGUCCUUGUAGCCCAAAUACGACAAAAACUUUCCAACGUCCCAAAAAUGCCAUUAGUAGCUCUUACAACUCCAUAGCGGGAUCUACGGUGGCUGUCGAUAGUGAGGCUGGGGGACGGACUACUCUUGCGCCUAACACACCAACUCAAGAUAAAAGCCGGACAUUGAACGUAGUCCCACGUUCCGUCGCAACUCGUUCUUUUGAAUAUUUCAAGGAA